CUGUAAUUUGUAGUGAACCUGGUGAAAACCCUUGCUGUUGUGCAUCCGACUGGGGGAGCUGGUGGGAUCUGGAAUGCUGCUGUUCAGAUAUCCAGAUCACUCCACUUGGUGCUGCCAAAGCCCAGUUGGUUGGAAAAUAGCGUGGACCAGGAGCACCUGCCAGCUGAGACGCAGACAGACUGGACCAUUAUAGUGUUUCCUUUUAUGAAACAGAGAUACCAAUGGGAUCGUCAGCCUAUUCACCUUUGGAUUGGUUCAUCCAAGCAAACCCACACAGGAAGAUUGGAAUCAGGAGGAGGAACCAUGAAAAACUGCAGAGUGCUGAAGACGAGCCAGAAGUGCCUCGGUUGUGCUGGCUUACUGUAAAGAUUAUAAGCAUGAGAAAUCUCCGCAGAGCAGACCUGUUGAGCCUAACUGAUUGCUACGUGAAGCUGCGGCUGCCAACAGCUUCGUGUCGGAAAGCCCGGACAAGAACUGUACGCAACUGCAGAAACCCUGUCUGGAAUGAAACCUUCCACUUCAUGAUACAAAGUGAAGUAAAGAAUAUUCUGGAGCUGACAGUCUGCGAUGAAGAUACUUUCACACCAGAUGACCAACUUUUGACUGUUUGCUUUGAUGUAGCUAAAAUAAGACCUGGAGAAAAAGUUCACCUGAAUUUUGAGUUGAAUCCAGAGAAACAAGAAGAACUAGAAGUGGAAUUUCUACUGGAAAACAUUCCAGGUGUAUCUGAAAACAUCAUUACUAAUGGCGUACUAGUGUCUCGUGAAGUUUCCUGUCUGGAAGUACAGGUGGAUGAAACAAAAACGAAGAGCCCUUACACAAGGCGAGAUUUCACGUUCUCGAUGAAAGGAUCCUAUGAAGAAGCCCAGGAUGUUUCUAUAGGUCCUCACUGCAGCCGGGGAGGCAGUGAAACCACCAUGUUCCACUACAUCAAGCACAGUCAACCCAGACUGCACAUGAUGCUGCCAAAGGAGCGUUUUUUCUGUGGUCAUGGCUCAGCUAGGAGGAAAAUGGCUGUGCCUCUACAUUCUCUGGACUUGGGAAAGAAAGUGACAGUGAGGAGGGGUGAAUCUUAUGAGGUGUCUGUGAAAGAAGAAGAUGGUUGCAAGAAUUUAGAUUUGCGGUUGGGGUUUGAUCUAUGCACAGAGGAGCAGGAUUUCAUCUGUAAAAGGAAGAAGGUGGUUGCUGCUGCUCUGAAAAAUGUUCUUCAGCUAGAUGAAGACCUGCAGGAGGAUGAGGUGCCAGUGGUGGCAGUCGUGACCACAGCAGGGGGAGUGCGGUCCAUGACGGCUAUGUUUGGCAGUCUUCUGGCUCUCCAGGAGUUAGGUGUUUUGGACUGUGUCUCAUACAUCAGUGGUUUAUCUGCCACAACAUGGACCAUGGCAAAGUUAUAUGAAGAUGCAAAUUGGUCACAGAAGGAUCUCAGAGGACCAGUUGGUGAUAUCAGGAAACAUGUGAUCAAGAGCAAGCUGCACUGUUUCUCAUUGGAUCAUGUGAAAUACUAUGAAAAGGAGCUUUGUGAAAGAAAGCAAGAGGGGCAUAAGCUGUCCUUUACAGAUUUAUGGGGACUCUUCAUUGACUGUAUGCUACAUCAUCAGGGAAGUACUCACAAACUCUCUGAUCAGCAACUGGCAGUAAAUCAGGGGCAGAAUCCACUGCCCAUAUACCUGUCCCUCAAUGUCAAGGAUGACUUUAGCACUCUGGAUUUUAAAGAGUGGGUGGAGUUCACACCUUAUGAGGUGGGUUUCCUGAAAUAUGGGGCCUUUGUUCGUUCAGAGGAUUUUGGGAGUGAGUUCUUCAUGGGUCAUCUGAUGAAGAAGAUCCCAGAGUCCCGCGUCUGCUUCUUGGAAGGCACAUGGAGUAAUAUAUUUUCCCAGAAUUUUAUGGAUGCUCUCUACCUGUCGGGUCAUUCAGAGGACUUCUGGCACAGAUGGACCCGAGGCACUGAGCAUGACAUUGAGGAACAUCCUGCUCUGCCCAAGAAGCCUCAUGAACAAACAACUUCAUUAUCCAUUCCCAAAGGUUGCCUUUCCAAUACUCUUCGAGAAAUGAUGACUGGACGGCCGGUGGUUUCAACUUACCAUAAUUUCCUCAAGGGCUUGCAGCUACAUAACCAGUAUUUACAGAAUGAGAGCUUUUGCAUGUGGAAAGACACAGUGCUUGAUUCUUCUCCCAACCAGCUGAUUGAAAUGGGUGACUACCUCAAGCUGGUAGAUACAGCUUUUUUCAUCAAUACCAGCUGCCCACCCAUUCUGAGGCCAGAGAGGAAAGUGGAUGUCAUUUUGCAUUUAAAUUACAGCGGAGGAUCACAGACUCUGCCACUGGACCUGUUUUCAGAGUACUGUUUGGAACAUGGGAUCCCAUUCCCUGGCACAGAGCUGAGCCAGGAAGACAGGGAACACCUGAAGGAGUGCUACGUGUUUGAGGACAGCUUAGAGGCACCAAUCUUGGCCUAUUUCCCGCUGGUGUGUGAUACCUUCCAAAAAUACAAGGCACCGAAUGUGGAGCGCAGUCCCACUGAGAUGGAGCAGGGAAGAGUAGAUGUGUCCAACUGUGGUGCUCCCUAUGGCACUGGUCUGCUUACAUAUACUGAAGAGAAUUUCAACAAGUUGCUGAACCUGUGCAGCUACAACAUCCUGAAUAAUAAACACUGCAUUCUUCAGGCUUUGCGAACUGCAGUGGAACGAAAAAAGCUAUGUAAAAACCAUUCGUCACGUCAGUUGUCUAAAUUCUCUUAAAAUAUAUUUUGACAAAUCUCAUCAGAAGGAGAUAUAUAAAUGUUUGGUAAUGGACUAAUGAGUAUUCAGGAAACAUGAAUCCAUACAGAAUGAACAUCCAUCUUAGCUUGUUAAAAAAGAAAAUUGGUAUUUUAUACAGUACUGUGUGUGAGGACUAAUGGUCCUGGCAUUAUAAUCAUUGGCAAAUCACAAAUUACUUUUAAAAAUUCUCUUUGCCAUUUUAGGGAACGGAGAGGCAGUUGUAGAGCUAUAGGGUCCUAUUUGGAUAUACAGCCAUAUAAGAAUGAAAUUUCAACCUCACAAAAGUCUGUGCCAGAUUUGGACGCAAAUCUUGAUGGUAUGUGGUCUUUGAACCUGAGACCAAAGCAAAGAUCAGCCAAAGCCUUGCCUUGUUCACAGAUUUCUGCUUCUGACAGUAAGGAGUAAACCAGAUACUGUAAAUGUUUGCACCAGGAAAAGGAAGGCUGAUAAUUGAAGAAUGGAACUGCAUGUGAUGUCUUCUAUUUUCUCAGUAUCCAUCUGUUAGGCAGAAGUCUAACCUUCAGUGAAUUUACCUGCUUGGCUGUCAACACACUGAGUCUAUAUUUUAGGUGGACUACCCCAACAACAUAUAUCACAGCCUGAUUUUUCUGUCAACUGUCUGAUAAAAAUCACUUGACUGCAUCCAUUUUUGCUGAACUUCUUUCUGAACUACUGCCUGCAAAGUAGAUUUUGAAGCUGAGGAUAGCAGUUAAGGUUUCAAAUCCUACACUUAGUGGAUUCGGAAAACCAGUUUUAACAACCUAACCUUUGGCGAUAACCCUGUCUUCAUUUAUUAAUCUGCUGUGAACUCAGAGAUGUUCAUGAUGUAAACAAA